AAUUCCAGUAUUGCUGCAAUCGUUACAUACAUGUGUCUAAAAAUAAUCCGCAUAAAAUAUCUAAGGAUUAUAAAUGAAUGUAAUCUCAAUAAUUUUAAGUAAAUAAACAUUGAUAGUAGUUAAGGCUAUCUAUUUACGUGCAAAAGUCUAUUAAAUACCGAUUUAACAAAACUGGUGUCCAAGUAAUUACAAAGAAUCCAAUUUUCCUUCCAGCAAGUUAAACUCCUACUUAUCCAAAAUUGACUUUGAAAUAUCAAACAUAUGUUCAUCGUGCAACGAGUCCCCUUAUGACACUAACCUCCUCUUUGCUUGUUCUGCUUAUCCUACACAUCUGACAUCCCUAUACCUACGGCGCCACGUCGAAACAGCACGCUUCCUGGGUCUACCGAUGGAUGACCUCGAUGACAACUUAUCUAGUAUUUACCAUUCUAACGGAUAUUAGGUACUUAUUUCAACAACAACUUUCCUGUAAGCGCCAACAGCACAAUUACGGUUAAGGCAACACCAACAUCUCUUGUCUGUCCAACCAUUUCUCGGUUAUAUCUUAUCUAAUCUUCAAAUAUUAAAGUGCAUUGUUGCAAUAAAGGAAGAAUUAUUGCCUUAAGGCUGUUGCUACUGCUUCUCACUUACCGAUCCAAACAGGGUUAUAUUAGAAAAAGAACAUAAUUUGGCAAAAAAAAAAACAAGUCAAAUUCGGUUGCUUAGAAUUAAUUAAAACUUAAGGAUUUUGCUUCCUACUUACCGAUUCAAACAGGGUUAGAUCUCCGAGAGCUGACUGUCGUUGCAUAAAUUAUAAUAAUUCUAUAUUCAAAUACUAAAUUUGCGGCCCAGUUUCUUGAAAAUUAUUUCCGAACUUUUAUAUAUGCCACCGGUUAAACCGCUACAAAUUCAAAUAAAGGGUGUUUAGUUGGGAGCGAAAAGAACAUAAAAACAAUUGCCUUUUGACCGUCAAAGUGACAGCGGUGACAGUGGAAAAUCAAUAACGGCAACUUGAAAACAAGUAAAUUGUGAGUGAGCAAACUCACCACCGGAUGUGAGCGAGUGGUGCGAGUAAAUUGACGACUUCAAGCAGAGAGCCCUAAAGGACACAAUACUAUACCUUCAAAUUGUGAGAAUUGCAAAGCUUGAAGCAGACAGUCAUCAGUGAAGUAGCCAGUCAGUCGCAAUACAAAUACAUAUUUACCUAUUCACUCGCAUAUUUUACGGUGCAAUAUUUGUAAAAACACAGUGAAAAUUUGCAUGAAGAAUUAAUCGUGUUUUUAAAUAGUAAAACUAUUUUACAGUGCUAAUUUAAUAUAUGUAAAUGAACCAAAGAAACAUUGCUAAAUACAUCAGAACUAGCUGUGAAAGUCAAUAUAAAAGCGAAAAGGCGAAGUUUGGUCUACAACAACUUUGUCUUGCAUCGAUGGUGAUUGUGGGUGGGGAAGUGCGCUUCGAUUUUUCACCAGAGCAUACAAUAUUCGAUUAACGCGAGCUAUAAUUACUUUUCACAGCAAUUUUGUGACUUCAAAUAAACGACAGACAAAGCCAACAGGGUUUUUAUUAUCACAUCGUGGAGUCUGGGCCAAUUGUGUACGUUCCCAGGUUAUAUCUUUCCAACAAUUUGAUUUGGCUUAUGCGCACCCAAUACCCGUAACAUGCGCUCCCUGGCUGACGAAACCAGGAAAUUAACGUUGAACAACAACAAUAAUAACAACAACACAUCGACUACCAUAGCGAUUGUCACGCAGUCAAAUAGCUCGAAUAAAAUUUACAAAAUGCAACAGCAAGUCAACGUGAUGACCAGCGCCACCACGGGUGUUCAUCAAAAGCAACAUCAGCAUCAACAACAGCAUCAGCAACAACAAAAGCAACUUAAGCAACAGCAGAACAACAACUCCACAACAAUUAGUCUGCCAAAGGCCUCACAUGCGAACACAAGUGAAGAGAUUGCCGGCGGUGUGCAGGACACUAUCUAUUUGUGCAACUUUCGCGUUUCCGUUGACGGCGAUUGGUUGUGCCUGAAGGAGCUACAAGAUCUUGACAUUGGACAGCAGCAUAGUGGCGGCGGUGGCACUAGUACCAGCGUCUAUGGCAUGCAACGCGGCACACAACUGGGGCAAAAGAACAAACGCUAUUCGGGAAUGUCGAACGGUUUGGAUGAUAAUGGUAUAUUGACUGUCCGUAACUUGCUGGGUCGUCGUUUUAACGAUGCACCCGAACAUGUGCACAAGACGAACGGUUCGUCGUCGUCGUCGUUGUCGCACUUGCUUACCGCACGACAUGCACAUGCAGAUAAUGGCUUGAUUGGUGUGUUUGGUGUUGGUGGUACUGGUGAAUGGUCCAAUCACCCACGCGAUCCAGCUGAAAUCGAACGCAGUAAUCUCGUAAAUAUUUGCAAACUCGUGGUAAAGGAACUACUAGAGCAAUCGCUACGUUUCGGACGUAUGUUGGACUCGGACCACCUACCACUGCAGCACUUUUUCAUCGUCAUAGAGCAUGUACUGGGCCAUGGCUUGCGUCCAAAGAAGGGUCUUUUGGGGCCACGCAAAGAAUUGUGGGAUCUGUUGCAGAGCGUAGAAAACUAUUGUCCGGAGGCGCAGGACAUCACCGCAAGUGUACGGGAUUUGCCCACCGUGCGCACACAUAUUGGACGCGCUCGCGCUUGGCUACGCAUAGCGCUGAUGCAGAAGAAAUUGGCCGAUUAUUUGCAGGCGCUUAUCGAACAUCGAGACGAUUCGCUUUACGAAUACUACGAACCGCAUGCGCUAAUGAUGAGCGAUGAGAUUGUGGUCAUAAUGGGCAUUUUGGUGGGUCUGAAUGUCAUCGAUUGUAAUUUGUGCGUGAAAGAGGAAGACUUGGAUUCACAACAGGGUGUUAUCGACUUCUCACUUUACUUGCGUUCGAGCUCGCGCAGUAACGAGAACGACGAAGAGAUCAAUCAGUCAUUGGAGGCGAAUGGUCAGGGCAACAUGAUUGCCGUGUUGGACCAAAAGAACUAUAUUGAAGAACUCAAUCGGCACUUAAAUGCCACAGUCGGUAACCUGCAGGCCAAAGUUGAAUCGCUUACAACAACAAAUGCGCUCAUGAAGGAGGAUCUAGCGAUUGCGCGCAAUAGCCUCUUAGCCUUACAAGCCGAGAAUCAGGCACUACGUCAAAAUGCCACCGUUACCAAUGUUUCUACAUCAAACGCGGAAGCCAGUCCAAACAAAUCGUCAGAUCGUGCGAACAAAGCAACGAUUGACACACUCAACGCCGAACUGAGUGAAGAGAAAAAGAAAAAUGCUGAACUCGAUAAGGAGUUGAAACUACAAGUAUCCCUGAAGGCCGAAUCCGAUGUGGCCAUGAAAUUGCUUGAGAAGGAUAUACACGAAAAGCAGGAUACAAUCGUAUCGCUGCGACGCCAAUUGGACGAUAUAAAACAAAUUAAUUUGGAAAUGUAUCGCAAAUUACAGGAAUGUGAAGAUGAGCUGACACAGAAGGGUGAAAUGGUCUCACGCCUACAAACCAAAGCUUCACAAAUCGGCAACAUACUGCAAUCGCUCGAGCGGAAAUACGAAUCUAAGCUAGAACAGCAGCAACAACAGCAGCAAUUGACUGGUCAACCCAUUGGCGAUAAAUCGCCUGCGUCGCGACGUCAACAAAAUCUGCAGAAAUUCGAAGCGCUCACCAAAAAGCAUCGGCAGGACAUUGGACCGCCGGUGAAGCGUUUGCAUUUGAAAGUCGACGCCAUACCACCAUUCAAUCCCAAUAAUUAUCGCAAGUCACCAUCGGCAACGGUCGCACCCGACAAACUAGACGCUGAGGGCGAACUCAAAACACCAACUUCAGCGAAAUCGUUUACCGAAGUGGCUAAAUCUUAUCCGGAAAAGCCGAUAGACACCUGCAAAAGUGACUAUGCCUUGUCGCAAGAGAAAAUCUAAAACUGAAAAUAUGUUAAAUACAUACUUAUUUAAGCAUUAAUUAAAUUCAACAUUACUUGAUGUUAAGCAUUUAUUUUACAAAAACAAAAAUAAUAUAACAAUAAUAAUCGAAAAUCAUUUAGAAAACUAGUGGAGAGUUUCGUUAGUGAUUUCUAUUAGUCUUGCUAGCGUUAAGUAUGUGUGUAGACGCUGCAAAGCUGCAAAAAAUUAUGUUAAAUUUUUGAAAAUUUUGAAAAAAGUUAAUCGAAAGUUUAAAGUCUUAAUUUGAUUUAAAAAAUAUAUAAUAAAAUAGAACAACAACAAUAAUAAUGUCUAGUCGUCGUUAGCGUAAAGUAUGGCUUACAUUUCUCAAGUCCUUAUAGCUGUGAACAGUCAUUACUAAUACUCGUAUUCGCAUACUAAAGGCCUUUUUAUUAACUUAGGAGAUAUAUUUUGACGGAAAAAUACCUACAUACAUAUAUUAAAGAAAAUUAGAAGCUUAGAUAAAUACAUACAUACUUACAUACAUACAUAUUUAGCUACAUAUACAAACAUACAUAUAUUGUUGUUAAAAAUAUGGAUGUUAAAAUGUAUUUGAAUUUUAAGAUAAGGCGCAAAAUAUCUGCAGUCUCUUCAAAAGUACAAUGCUAUAUUCUUACAGAUUACAAACAUACAUACAUACAUAUGUACAGACAUACAUGUAAACAUAAAUGAUAUGAUACCUGUGCGUAGAUAUACCGGAAAGUUACUAUGUAUGUACACAUAAAACCAAUCAGAGGAAUUUAGUACUCAGACAUUAUAGAUUAUAGCAACCAAACAUACAUACAAACAAACAUACAUAAUUAUACAUACAUAGGUAUGCUUUAAGGAGUUACAUCCGCUUGAACGUGGUGUAAGUGUCAAAACCCCACCAUUUACUAAAAUGACAAAAAUAGCUGCACGUGAUGGCAGAAUUUUGAGUUCAAAGUCGUAAUCAGGACCUCUCAAAUAUACUGGAGAUUGUGUCUCAUAACUAAGAAGCUCAUGAGAAAAUUUCAAGUCGCACAGUCCAGCCGACUCUGAAAACAGCAUUUCGAGAAAAACGCCGAACCAACUUCAAAUUCUCGGUGCAUAUUCUCAAAAAUAUGUACAUACAUUCGAUAUAGCAUAUGUAAAACAAAAAUAUUGAUUUUUGAAAUUCACAAGUGGAUAUAACUCCUUAAAGUGCAUAGCAGCAAAUCCAUAUUUAUAUAUCGUCACCUAAAAUGCAAAACAACGUAUCAUCAAAAAAUCUAAAUUGAGUUUUUUUAUUGUUUACGACCGUUUUACAUAUGCAUAUGUAUGUAGCAUAAAGUUUUGAGCUUCCGCUGUCAGAUAUAACCAAUGUGUAACCAAUAUAUAACCAAUUUAUAACUAAUAUAUAACCAUUUUAUAACCGAAACUCAAAUUUUGUUUCAAUAUGUGUUGUUUCUAUUAUAUCGUUUUUCCUCCACCUGUAAACUUAGAAAAGUGCUGUUACGUUAUUUUGCAUUUUAUGUGACGAUAUGUGGCAUUAUCAACUAGUCAGCGUCAUUUUCGAGUCAAAAUCGACUAUUAAUUAAUAUUAAUUUAGCUUAUCGUUCAAAAGUAAAUAUGUACGUAUGUGCAUACACAAAUGUUUUACAUAUAAUAAGUAUUCGCAGCUUUUAGCGCUUAUUGAAAUCUACUUUAUUUAAUUAUAAUUAAUUAUUAUUGUUAAAAAUGAAAGCUAGUCAAUAUUCUAUGUGGCUUAUUAGCUCUAGUCUAAGCAAGUAUUAAUUGGAAAAUCAGUAUUUGGUUCAACUUGAGGCAACAAAACAGUAUUCUGUGAUUAGAGGAACAACAACAGUUUAUUGAACUACUCAUUAUUAUAUAAUUUAUUUGCUCUUUACUUUGCCGAAUUUAGCGCUCUAUAUAACUACCAUAUGUACUAAGAUUAUCUAAUAUACCUUAUAAAUGCAAAUUAUAUUGUAUUAUACAAAAUAUAAAUUGACAGUAAAAUUAAAUUAAAUUUAAGUAAUAUGUAUGUAAUAAUUAAAAUAAAAAUAAAGUGAAUAAAAAUACAAAUUUACUUAAAACUGAUAUUGAAUUGAC